GUGUAGCGGGAAAGGAUAGAGGGGUUGGGGAGAGUGAAAGCAAGAAAAGAUGAAAAGAGAGAGAGGAUAAAGAUAGAAGGGAUCACCGCACUGGAGAGCGGAAAAAAAUAAAAAGAGCGAAGGUAGAAGAGAGAGAAGAGAGAAAGAAUAGAAUAGGAAAGAGGUAAAGAAGAAAUAGCAACAUAUUCUAGUGUGGCGGCGCUUGUGCAGUAUAGAGAGCCGCCACGGCGGUGAUUCGAGCUUCUUAUCGGUCUCGAAAAGAGCCGUAGGAAGAGGUAGGGAAAUAAAUAGAAAAACCGAUCGUCGUCGAGCUGCGAUUAUGAGCGCGAAAUGAAGUAGCAUCGAUAAAGGAGCGAAGCGCCGCGUGAUUCCACCUCCGCCGUGUCCAAGCGUGGCACAUCACGGACGUGUGGCUGAAGCGGCGCCAUAUAUAUACGGUAUAUACCGUAUUCAUUCCUUAGCGAGUGCGGCCAAGUGCGGCGGUGGUGGCAGAUAGAAAAGGAGAAGAGAGUAGAACCGCGACUGUGGCGGCUGCUCCUGUGCGUUGGGUGGGGGCGAGAAAGAUAACCGCGACGCGACUCUGAGAAAGAAGAGAGUAGAAAGCAAGUAGAAGGAGAAAGAUUCGUGGAUACGGCGGGGUGCUUUGCCUGCACCCGUGCGUGAAUCACGCUUCCGAGGCGCCCGGCUGUCCCCCGUCUUCAAGUAUACCCCAUCGUCGCGACAUUGACCUGUUCGAGGACGCCGUUCGUUCUUAACUAUAUCAAGAGAGACGAAUUUUCUCCCUUCUUUCCCAUUUCGGAGCAACCUUUUAAGAGUGACACCCACGAGGUGGGAGGGGAGGCAUCUUGCUAUUCGUUCCGAUCCAUGUCUUCUACCGGUUUAUCUAAUAUCUUCCCUCUCAUUUAUGAUACGUUAUUUAAUCGAACGAAGAUUCACUGAAAAAAGGUCCUCAGUUCAUCAAGGAAAAAAUCAUUUUUGUAAUAUGAUAGUAGUGCUCGAUGAAUUUUAGAACCAGUGUUAUUGCCAGCAAGAUUUCUAGUAUACUGUGAUUAAACUCUUUAAUUUCUAAAAGUCUAGAAAAUAAGACUGUUGAUUGAACUCUGACAAGCAUUGCUGUGAAUAGUUUCAUUUCUAAAUAGAAUAUUAGAAACGCAGCCACGAAAAAUAGACUGGCAACAAAGAGAAAGAAGCAGGUGCAAUAUGUCAGACGAAGAAGAUAAACCUCCUGCACCUCCUGUACGACUGACAUCUAAUAGAGGUGAAUCUGCACCAAAUUUGCCAGUGGAUAUGCGCCCACUACCUAAAGAACCAGAUUCAGAUGAACGUAAGAAAAAGACAUUAAAAGGCAAAAUGAAGGUGAAAGAAAAUAAAGAUAAACCAAAUAUCAGUUAUCCAACAAAUUUUGAACACACGGUACAUGUUGGAUUUGAUGCUGUUACCGGUGAAUUUACGCUGCCAUUGAAAGGAAUGCCAGAAGCUUGGGCAAGACUUCUCAUGUCCAGUAAUAUUAGUAAACAAGAGCAAAAGAAAAACCCACAAGCUGUCUUGGAUGUUUUAAACUGGUAUGAUAGUAGCAGUAAAGAAACAAAAGGUUCUAAGUACAUGACUACAACUAAGAUGGUUGGAGUUGUAGAUAUCAUUCAAACUGCACACCCAGCUCCAAUAGAAAGAGCAAGUAGUCCGCGAAGUAUGGGUGUUACUGUUGGUACAGGUGUAGGAACUAUUCGUGGACAGGCUAUGUCUCAGGCUUCAGGAAGCUCUCACUCUCAACAUUCAUUGAGCAGAGUAAGCAGCAGUAGUCCCAGUAGUACACCAACUGAUGCUUGUGCAACUAGUUCUGAACAAGAAGAUGAACCACCACCUCCGCCUAUUUCUGCAAGGCCAGAACGUACAAAGUCAAUAUAUACAAAGCCUAUAGAAGAAGAACCACCUCCACCACUGGCAACUACACUGGGGUCACCUCAAAGAAAUGGAACACCACAACAACAACAACAUCAAUCACAGUUAGAUAGAAAUAAAAAUCAAGCAACACCGACAUCGACUACGACUGAUCAAACACGACCAGCACAAAGUGAUAAAGCAAGAAAAAAGAAAAUGUCGGAUGAUGAAAUACUAGAAAAGCUUAGGACAAUUGUAAGUGUGGGAGAUCCAAAUAGAAAGUAUACAAAAAUGGAGAAAAUAGGACAAGGUGCUUCAGGUACAGUUUACACAGCAAUUGAAACAUCAACAGGAAUGGAAGUUGCAAUAAAACAAAUGAAUCUUUCACAACAGCCGAAAAAAGAAUUGAUAAUAAAUGAAAUUUUAGUUAUGCGGGAGAAUAAACAUCCGAAUGUUGUAAAUUAUUUGGAUAGUUAUUUAGUGGGAGAAGAACUAUGGGUAGUAAUGGAAUAUUUACCUGGUGGUAGUUUAACUGACGUCGUGACUGAAACUUGUAUGGAUGAGGGCCAAAUAGCUGCUGUAUGCAGAGAAGUCUUACAAGCAUUGGAGUUCCUUCAUUGUAAUCAGGUUAUACAUAGGGAUAUUAAGUCUGACAACAUCCUACUUGGUCUAGAUGGGGGUGUAAAGUUAACUGAUUUUGGGUUUUGUGCACAAAUUUCUCCAGAACAAAGUAAAAGAACUACAAUGGUUGGAACUCCAUAUUGGAUGGCACCUGAAGUAGUUACAAGAAAGCAAUAUGGUCCAAAGGUAGAUAUAUGGUCAUUGGGAAUAAUGGCUAUUGAAAUGAUAGAAGGAGAACCACCAUAUUUAAAUGAAAAUCCAUUAAGAGCAUUGUAUUUAAUUGCAACAAAUGGAAAACCAGAAAUUAAAGAGAAGGAUAAAUUAUCUGGUAUCUUCCAAGAUUUCUUAGACCAAUGUUUAGAGGUUGAAGUUGAAAAACGAUCUGCAGCUUCAGAGUUAUUAAAGCAUCCUUUUUUGAAGUUGGCAAGGCCACUAGCCUCCUUAACACCUUUAAUUAUGGCAGCAAAAGAGGCUGCUAAAGGUCAUUGAAAGAGUAGUGAAAGACUAUGGUCAAAAGUGAUCAUAAAUAUGACUAUGUGAAAGAAUAACGAACCACCCUCCCAAAACGGAAACGGCACAAUAAUUCAAUAAUAUAUAUGUAAUAAAUAAACAUAUAUAAAUAUAUAUAUAUAUAAAUAUAUUAUAUAUAUAUAUAGGUCAUAAAUAGAUAGAACUUAUCCGAUACGUGAAGAGUAUCGAGAAAUGGUUUCAAAGUUUUUAAAUUGCUCGACUCUCGCAUGUUGUGAGGAGAAAAAGUUAAAUCAGAGGAACUGUGAACGAUCUGACGGCAGAAACCUUGUUUGCCUCGAUGAUGUGUAUUGAUUGCUAAAAAUUUCUAACGUCGAAUUAAAUAGAUGUUGAAAAAUGAACGAACGUAAGUUGACGUAAAUAUUGCCUGAAAAGCUUUUUUUAUCAACAUUCAUCAUCAAGGAUAGAUAAGUGUCUGUCAGUUAUUUUCUAAAGAUGUAAAAAUAGUAUUAUUGACUCUAAAGUUGAAGAUCAGAGUUAGCUACAAACACACAUUAUUUAUAGCAAGGAUCCUUAUUAGAUAAUACCAUAAACAAAUGUGAACAAGUACAUAAGACUUAUUCUAAUACAUUAUUAUGGUUUGACAAAAAAAAUUGUAGGAGAAAAGUAAAUUGGUCUUCAUGUCAGACUUAUAUUUUUCGAAUGAAGUUAUGAGGAGCAGAGCAAUAUGUUUUCAAUCUUUUUGUCUGUCAAUAUGACAUAGAUAUAUAUAUAAGCGAUAGCCUAACUUGUUUUAAACGUUCUCAAAAAUCACGUUCUUAUAAUCAAAUGUUGAUACGCAGAACUAUGUUUUAUUAAACUAAAAAUGCCUUAACUAUUUUUUUUUUAUCUUGGAUGUCACAAUCAUCGUAUUGUGUUAGUACAUAUAUAUCUAUAUCUAUAUAUAUAGUAUAUAUAUAUGUAUAUAUAUAUAUGUAUAUAUAUAUAUAUAUAUAUAUAUAUAUAUAUAUAUAUAUAUAUAUAUAGUAUCGCUAAUUGAGUUAUUUGUGCUUUAUGCAGUUAGAGUAUUUCAUUUUUGCAAAUCAAGAUUACUGUUUUAUAAUAUUAAGAUAAACAAAAGUAAGUACUUUUUCUCAUUUGCAUUGCUAUAAGACACGUUAAGAUAUAUAAGGCCUUCUUACUAAAACAUUAGUUAAUAAGAACAUUCUUAUAUGGACAAAUGUUGUCCGGUCACGUGUGUUCUUCAUUACAGGUCAAAUCUACUAUCAUUAACGUGUCUUAAAACAAAUGAACGGAUGAUCGACGAAAUUUUAAAACAAGGUUCAAACGUAGGAGCAUUUUGUGACACUAUAAAGUGCCUGUUGUCAUGUUUAGAAGCAUGAGAUAUUCAUGCUAGAUUCCUUAUAAUCUUGAACCAUUAAAAUGUAUCAUUUAUUUUGAUGAACCAUCAGAAACCAACAUGUAGAAUCACGUCAACGGUUAUAUAUAAGGUUUCCAAAUGGUUGUACCAUAUUAAACAGAGCAACUAAAAUGUCUUUCCUAAUUGUAUUAUAUUUUCAAAGUAUCAUGUCAUUACAAUUAAAAUUAUCUAUAUUUAGUUUAAGAGACUUAGAUUUUGCAAUUUCUGUAAUUUUUAAUAAUUUCAUUACGUAUAGGAUUGCGUCAUAUGUGAUUUUUGACACUUAAAAUAACUUCAUGAGAGUACAGUAAUUAUUGAUAUAAAAAAUCACUGAUAUAUUACAUAUAAAAAGAAAAGAAAAAAAAGCAAAAACGUAUAAUUAUUUCCUUAAAAAAAAAAAAAGAAAAAAACAUAAUGUAUUUAAUAUUCAGCAGUUUUAUUCUUCCAUAGAACUGUCAAUAAGAAGCCUGAUUAGUUUUUUAAUGACAAUUAGUAAAGUCUAAUUAACAAUUGACAGACAAAAUGGCUCGAUUUAUGUCGUGUUUACGACAAAUUCGAAGUCAUGCUAAAAUUGGAUAAAAAAAACUAUCUUUAAAAAAUCAGGGAUUAUGAUAUAAUGUAUUAUUUUUGUGUGUCAGUAUUUCACGAGAAUAAGCAUCGCAUGUAUUAAUUUUCUUUUAGUAAUCACUCUAAAUUAAUUGAAAGUAAAUGAUGUGUUAAGCAACAUAAAAAAAGGAAAUAACUGCACAUGUAGUAUUAAUCAUCAUGUAAACGAAUUUAUAAAUUAGGAUCCAAAUAAAUUAGCUCGAUCAGGAAUAACGAGCGAGGUCUUGCAUUUUCACAAAUAUCUUGAAAAGAAUCAUAUAUAUGUGCGUGUGUGUAUAUAUAUAUGUAUGAAAUCAUAUAUAUAUAUAUAUAUAUAUAUAUAAACCAUCCAUUUUGUCUGAUCAUAUUAUUAUUAUGACAGUUAUAAAAGAUAUUUCUUCUCUCAGUUUAUAGCUAAUUACUGUUAAGAUUUAUUUUUUAAUGAUAAAUCGAGAUGCAUUAAAUAUAUAAAAUAUACUUGACUAUGUCCAAAUUUCAAAAUACAAAAUGUAUUUAGAUGCAUAAUUGUUCGCAAAUGAUCAUCUUGUUAAUGAAUCUGUUUACAUAAACAAAAGUACAAAGCUUGUACCAAAACAUGCCUUACUGUAAUAAAAAUAUAAGUAUUCUAUUAAAAUAAAAUAAUCAUUAUUUUUUUGAUGCGGCAAGAUUAGAUAACUAAACUGAUAGAUUUUGAGAGUAUAGAUUAUAAAAUGCAUGGACAAGUAUUAUUUUCUAUACUUGCAUCUCGAUUAACGUUCCAUGUGCAUUUAAGUAUUUACAUAAGAAACGUAUUAUUGUCAUUUUGUAAGUAUAAAAUAGGUUCCUACUAAAAUCAGGUUAAGUGUGUAUAUGCAUGAUUGCGUGCUUAUGAUGUUUUUGAAAAUGCUUUGAGAUCUCUAAAUGAAAGAACCAGGCCUAGCAACAAAGAUACUAUUUUACUGAAAAAAAUUGGUCAAAAUACAUGGUUUCCAGUUUUUAUCAAAACUAUUUUAUUUUAAAAAACAGCUAAUAUAUAUAUAUAUAUAAUUGCUUUUAAAGAUUUUUAGUAAUGAAUGAUUUCUCAGGAAAAUAUAUAUCUAAAUGAUAAAGAAUCCAGAAAUUGAUUGAAACGGCAGAUAAAUAAUUAUUGUAAAAAAAAAAAAAAAAAAAAAAAAAAAAAAUAACGCCUAGAAUUUUACGUAUAUAUUGUACUGUAACACCUUUUAGUUUGUUUUGAAAUGUUACAAUAUAAGGAAACAUUUUGUAACAAACAA